AUGUCCCAGCAGACCAAGCUUUCCCUGAUCAAGGCAGAAAUUGCAGUCCUCCAGGCCUACCUGGAGCCUAAUAUUGAUUAUGAUGUCUUCCAGGCUCACCACAAGAAGAAUUGUCGGCCACGUUCACCGUCCCCUACAUAUUUGAACAGUGUACAGAAUCGCCAUCCAAAGACUAAGCAUGCUCGCACAAGAAACACCCUGUCAAGUGAUGACUCUGACCAGUCUGAGCAGGACGACUUGGAGGACCUCGCCAAUGAGGUCAAGAUUGAUACUGGGAGGCACCGUCACACCAAGAAAGUGAAGGGUGCUACUACUAAUUGUGAUGCAACUAAUGUUGGGUUCUACCCAUCACUCUGGCAAAAACUUCUUGACCAUGCAAAGGCUAAUUUCAGGCUUCAUAUCGCUAUUUCAGUCCCAUUCCCCGACAAAGAGGAAUCCAUUGGCAGCUACUACCCUGAAUUCAAGAUGGGGAUGGCUACUGUGGUUUUUAACAAUGCUGCGACAUUCCGCAACAAGGUCAAACAAAUCGCACUUACUGUCGUUCCAAUGGCAUAUGAACUAGCACUUGGCAUCAAUAGGAAUACAAUCAAUAGCAUCAAACUCAGGGCAACCGGUUUGUUGAAGAAAGCAAUGUAUCUAUGUGGCCAUCCUGAUUCUGAUGGUCAUGCAUCUAACUUUGCAAACAACAUGAUCCAGAUCGCUUGCCAUAAGUCAUUUUAUGACAAUGGUUCCAAAUCACUCAAGCAAUUCACUGAGUUUCAGAAGACCGUUCCACCCCCAGCACUCUUUCUCGUUGGAACUAUUUUGAGUGCACCUGCAGCAUGCUUAAAGCGUGUAAAUGGUGCCAAGCAGACACCUAUCGAGGAUUCGGAGGCUUCCUAUGAUCGUAUUUCGACAUUGUUCAACUGCACAAACAAAGACAAGUAUCACGGACCAAAACUACAUCAAAUGCUCAAAGCUUAG